AGUAAAGAGAGAAAGAAGAUUCCAGAUUCUUUCCGUAGGUUUAUACCAAAGGUGGAGGAAUCGCUGGAUACCUCUGACCUUCAAAGUCCAUCAUCUCUCUUUCCUUGAUUCAUCUCAUCAAUUGCUUUUCUUCGCUCUAAAAACCCUCUUUCAAUUUCGACGCCCAUCUUCAAAAAUACCCAUCUUUCAAUCUUUCUAUAUUCGAUCGAGUUCGACUAGUAUUUCAAAUUUCUGGGUUAGACUUAGAUCUCAUCCCCUUCUUCUUUUCAAGCACAGUCGCGGCGGAAAAAUCUCUGAUCAUUCAUGAAUCUGUCAAUAGAUUGAUUACUUAUUACCCAUCCUUCUGUUCUGCUGCCCUGUUGAUGUAUCUUGUCGUUUCUAAAGAAAAGAAUCGGCUUGUGAACGUAUCUGUUCUCAGGCCAUUGUUUCUAUUCAUCGAACAAAAGGGUUUCUCAUAUUGCAUUCCUCGAGAUAGAUGGGAUAAGGAGUUUUUCAAACUUCAGGGUGGAUAAUUUGGUGAAAAAAUUCCUUGAUUUGAACAUUUGUUAGAAAAAGAAGAAGAAGAAGAGGUGUUAUUUAAGAUGGAUUCUUCACAAGAAUCAACUUUAUCAAAGAAUGUGGCUGAUUUAGUCGAUGGAUCUUCAGUUCACAGAAAGAUCUCAUAUAUUGAUCAUCUGCCUAUAUAUGUUAAAGAACUCAUUGCUGGAGGUGUUGCUGGUGCAAUUGCCAAGACAGCUGUUGCUCCUUUGGAACGAACUAAAAUACUCUUGCAGACAAGAACCGAAGGAUUUCAAUCAUUGGGUGUAUAUCAAUCGAUGAAGAAGAUAGUGAAGCAUGAAGGAGUUAUGGGAUUCUACAAAGGCAAUGGUGCUAGCGUACUUCGAAUUGUCCCAUACGCAGCAUUGCAUUUCAUGGCGUAUGAGCAAUAUCGUAUUUGGAUUUUGAAUACAUACUCUGCCUUAGGGACAGGACCAGUUGUUGACCUUUUGGCUGGUUCAGCGGCUGGUGGAACUGCUGUUCUAUGUACAUACCCCUUGGACUUGGCUCGCACGAAACUAGCUUACCAGGUUGUUGAUAGGAGAAGCAGCUUCUGCAGUGGUUCCAGUCGUCCUGUUCAUCAUCAGCCAGCAUAUAGCGGAAUUAAAAAUGUUUUAAAAACUGUCUACAAUGAAAAGGGUGUUCGCGGACUAUACAGGGGUGUAGGACCGACUAUGAUUGGUAUUCUUCCUUACGCUGGUUUGAAGUUUUACAUAUAUGAGGAAUUGAAGACUCGGGUUCCUGAGGAGCAUCGGAGUUCCAUUAUUAUGCGUCUUUCGUGUGGAGCUCUUGCUGGUCUUCUUGGACAGACAUUCACAUAUCCUCUAGAUGUUGUCAGGAGGCAGAUGCAGGUAGAAGGUCCAAUGCAGCAGAUGAAAUAUAGGAGCACAAUCAACGCCCUCUCUACUGUUGUUCGUAAUCAAGGCUGGACACAAUUGUUUGCUGGCCUAACCAUCAAUUAUCUCAAGAUUGUUCCGUCCGUUGCAAUAGGUUUUACAGUUUACGACCUAUCGAAGAUAUGGCUAGGCAUACCACCUCGACAAUCUCAACCGAAAGCAGUUUCUUCAUAGGUUACAUGAAUCAAUCUAACUGCCAAGUUAAAUCUAACAAAAAUAUCAUGCAUGUUGAUAGAUCCAAAGAUAUACAACAAUAUAAGCACUCAAUUCUCAUCAAUUUUCACAUCAAUAUAGGAUUGAAAGACAUAUUACAGUAUUUCUUUUUUUACCAUUUUGUAUUGCAAUACAAGAAACACCAUUGCUAAUUUGUUACCAAUUUCCCCCCUGUUUUACUUAAAACAUUAUAUUUGAU